AUGCCAGCUUCAACGCGUGCUCGUCGCGAUAACGGCGCACCCCACCCCGUACCCGCAUCUCCACAAUCCCCUCCGCCACGACUGACGAGGGCGACAAAGCGCCCUUUUUCCUUCAUUCUCGAUGUGCACUCGCCGAAGCAACAGAUAGCGGAGGGCGAAUUGAAGUCGAACUUACGGGUGAAUGGUAAAGGAAUACAACAGACGGAAAAGCUAGAGAAAGUUGGGGACGACGGUGCUAGGAAAACACGAUCCGCGAAACCUACGGAACCUCCACGGGCUUCUACCAGAAGGAAGGGAGAGGGAGAGGUGAUAUUAGGUGACGAGGUGGAUGAGAAGUCUGGGGAGGACAGCACCAGAGCAAUGAGGGCCCCUCUACGGCAGAGGAGGACAUCGUCUGCCGCUGCGAAUGGAGCAGUGGUGGUAAACGGCCAUACAACACCAAGCCCGCCCUCCAAAGAUCUCGAGCUCGGAGAGCCCGAACCAAAAAAACAACAAGUAGACAAAAAUCUCUCGCGCAACAUCGAUAACGUAACAUUUGGAGAUGUAUCGUUCAAAGCAUGGUAUCCAAGUUGGUACCCCAAAGAAAUCAUUGGAGAGAAAGGACUAGAUCCUCUCCGGGCGGUUGGUGAUGGAAGAAAAGCAGCAGAGAGUAUUGUGGUUAAGGAUCUAUAUAUCUGCAAUCGAUGCUUUGCGUAUACCAAGGAGGUGCUGGAGUGGGUUAGGCAUUGUAGAUGUUGUACAAAGGAGGUUCCUGGCAGGAAAAUUUAUACCCAUGGCCACGAGGGGGUUUGGAGUGUGUGGGAGGUCGAUGGAGGGGUUGAUACUUUAUUCUGCCAAAACCUUUCACUCUUCGCAAAACUCUUCCUAGACAACAAGUCCGUCUUCUUCGAUGUCUCGGGCUUCAACUACUUCCUCCUGGUUCACAACUCCACCCGCCAAGUUAUCGGUUUCUUCUCCAAAGAAAAGAUGUCCUGGGAUAAUAACAACCUUGCCUGCAUCCUAAUAUUUCCCCCCUGGCAACGAAAGGGCCUCGGCGCACUCCUCAUGGGCGUAUCGUACGAAAUCUCCCGUCGGGAAGAGAUCAUGGGCGGGCCAGAGAAGCCUAUAAGUGAUCUAGGCAAGAAGGGGUAUAAGAGGUACUGGGGCGCGGAAAUUGCAAGGUGGCUGUUAGUUGUGAAAGAGACAGACCGAAAGAAGGGGAAGGGGAUGGUAGAUGUGGAGAGGAUCAGUAGGGAGACUUGGAUCAGCCCCGACGAUGCGCUGGGGGUUAUGAGGGAUAUGGGAGUUUUGGAGCGGGCCGGGAAGGGGAGGGGGGAGGUGGAAAGGGUCAGAGUUGACAAGCAAAUGGUUAGGGAGUGGGUGCAGAGGGAGGGCGUGGAUCUGGCGAGGGUGGUUGAUCCUGAGGGCUUUGUUGAAGGGUAUGGGUAUAAGAAGGGGCAGGCGGAUGAGGAGAUGGGUGAUUGA